CAACAUUUUUUAAGGCUGGAUUCCCCUUUAAAAGAUCGAGGACUGUAUUAAAUGUGCCAACAAUUGAGGAGUUAAUUCCCAGGGUAAAUCAACAUGUUGUCUGUUUUAAGAGGCCGAGUGACAAAGUCCAACCAUUGUCAAGCAGAGGUCAGAAAAAACAAUUUGGAUGGAUUCGAUAUCAUCACGUCGGGUAACCGGCUUAUUAGGGUUUACUCAGUACAGCACUUGACAUAUCGACUUCCUCGCUACCGGCAGCAUUAUUUCGUGGAGAAUAAAAUCCUGGUCAUUCAGUAUAGAUUUGAAUGAAGGCGUUUAUUUUGUGUUUGUAAGAAAGACAUGAUCCUUGAAUUGUUCUAUUGCUCCGCUUUGAGGGAUUAACGACUGUUGGGAGUCUUGAUUACUUAAUGGUGUGUUGAAUUGUUUCAGAAUGGAUGUCAUUGACUAUUUUUUUUUCUCAUAAAUUUCGUUCAAACGUUCCUUUCCUCAUUAAAGUAUUCAUUGUCGUAAUUAUUUAAUAAACUCCUAUUUAGAAGACAUAGAAGAAAGCACAUAGAAGAUAUCUCUUAGCUCUCGAUCUCCUACUUGAAAGGUUAAGGAGGAUAUCCAAAUAUCAUUAUGUCAUUUCAGCACGUAACUCACAAAGGAUUGCCGUCCUCGUGCAAUUAACAGCUGAGAUCGCUAUCUGUAUUGAGAGUGGAAUUUGGACUGUUGUAUAUGCUGCUGAUUGAAUCGUUAUGUCACAGAUAAGUUCAUGUUAACUUUCACUUUGUAAAUAUGAAUAUCAAAUCGACUGAUGUAUUUCCGUCUCUUUGUCAUCUCAUUUACAGCUAAAUGUGACCUGAUUGCUGUAAAGAUCUCACUAAUCCAGCUCCGCUUUCAAUCAAGAUGCCUUUUGCCAAUGUCGACAAGGAGGGUGAAUCAGGGCUUGACAAACAUCUACAUUGGGAGAAGCACAGAAGUGUACAGCUCAGGAAAAGUAGAGCAGGUAAUGAUAAUAUGCCUACUUCUAUGUCUUCGUCAGCUUCUUCAAUGCAAUCGUCAGAGUCUCUUUCUUCUCGGUUGUCGAACCUUGCAGCCAGCGAUGAGAAACUCUCAAACGAUAAUUGUUUAAGUGUGUCCGAUUCAAGUCAAAGCCUAACAGCUCCCGAAGUCCGGACGAACAAUCGCUUAACUACGUCGUAUGCGCGUGAGUCCUCAUCAGACACCGUGGAUCUUUUCCUUUCGUUGCUUCCACGCUUAGAUAGCGAUGGCGACAGCGGGCAAGACUUAGCCUCUCCAUGUCUUGAGGGUGUCAUCCGGGAAGAAAUUGUGUGCGAGGACUUCAAUAUCGCUUCGCGUAGUAACAAUAAACUAGAAAAAAUGACGGUGGACCAAAUAUAUACAUCAGAAGAAAUCACUUUAAAUGGAUUACCGAUCUCGUCUUCAAAUUUGCCAGCGUCUUGCUCUGUCACAUCAUCCGUCCAUUCUACUUCCUGGAACCAAUCUACUUCAAGUGCCGAUUCUCUGACCGAUUCCCCCUCUGAUUCGCUGACCCAUUUGUCCGUGCUCGACGAACCUUUGUCGAGACCCACUCCAUCAUCGCACGCUGCAAAGUCUCCAUGGAUGCUGCUCGUAUGGUGUCACUUGAGCCAGAUUCUUGCCGGAGGACUCUUGAAGAGUCUUGCUGUUUUCCUCGAUGAUAUCCUCGAGGAGUUUGAUUCCAGUGUUGCCUUCAUGGGCUGGAUGUUCUCUCUAGAAGCAUUCUUCUUUGGACUCACUUGUCCUUUUGCAUCGUUCGCUACGAAGAAACUUGGCCCUCGUGUUGUAAUGAUGUCGGGAGGUCUGAUCAAUGGCGUGGGAAUCUUAAUGGCGUCUUUGGCAACCAAUAUUAUUACCGUCGGAUUAGGCAUCUCAGCCAUUGCGGGAACCGGAAGUUCCAUGAUCUAUGUAGCAGCUCUGGUUACCGUCCGAAGAAACUUUCAUACUUUCUACGCCAUAGCUAACGGGUUGACGCUGGCCGGGGUCUCGGUGUCUUUGUUCACAUUCCCUCCUAUCAUCAGAGUUCUCAUUGAUCAUUACGGAUGGAGGGGCGCGCUGUUCAUAUUGUCAGCCAUCUCCCUGAAUACCAUGGUGACAGGUGCUCUGAUGAAGGACGAUAUUUGCAAUAGGAAGCCGAGGAGGCCCUCUGAUGACAUAGGAGAGUCGAAGGCGUUUGUAUCGAAAUCAAGUUGCACACCAAGUGACAGGACGCAUAUGGAGGGGAACGUUACUGCAUCCUUGUCCAAGGGGAAAUAUAAACUUCAAGGCGCAAGUAAUGGAUGUACGGGUGUAACGUUCAGGACCGAUGAUGAUCUUAAGAUCAGUCACCGUUUGGAUGAUAAAGAGAGCAAACCAACGCACCAUGCAUCAGGGUGUCCCGAAGUCGGUUUGCGCAGUGUUUACGUGGACGGAAAAAUCACUACGAUUCCAAUACAAGGGAAUGUGAAUGGACAUUUAGGCAGGAGACCAAGCAUAAGGGACAAGGCGGUCAGUUUUGUCAUAGCAAACAUCACCCAUGGACUGCUCUUCGUUGUCGCUUGCCUGUGGUCCCUGGCAAACACUGCUACGAUGAAGUACAUCGUGGCGGCAGGGGUUCAAAGGGGGUUGACGUCCCUCCAGGGCGCCAUGCUCUUAUCAAUUACCGGCAUCACUCAGUGCAUAUGCCUUUUCCUAAACGGUAUCAUCAUCUCCAAGCGUUGGAUGACGCCUCUCCAGUUGUACCUUCUCGUGAUCUUGUUGAUGUCUGGUGCCAUUUUCGGGAUUGCCGUGUUUGAGCAGUACGCGGUAGGGCUCGUCUGUUCGGCAUUGUUUGGGCUCGGGACAGGGACCAUCAUCUCUCUAAACCUUGUGGUGCAGCGAACUCUUGACCCACGAGCUGGAACUCAGGCUGCAGGGUGGCUCAUGUUCAUCGAGGGUGUUGCAGGAUGCAUAGGAGGGUUCUUUAUAGGAGCUGUACGUGAUAUAUCUGGUAGUUACACGCUAUCGUUCUUCGUCGCCGGUGCCAUUACGUUAGUUGCUGCGUCUUUUGUCGUCAUCAUUCUCGUCAUCCGUCGUGUAAGGAGAGGUCACUAGAGGGCGCCUUUUCAAUGCAACACUGUAACACACGACGACAGAGGCCAAUUGGGGUUGUUCGGAGGAUAUUUUAUGCGAGACAGGCACCAAGCAAUAUUGUAACCAUCUAUUACCAUGCUGCCUUCACCGUGUUAUUUAAGGCAUAAUUGCGGAAGAAAGUUCCAGUUUUAUUUGGAAUUUGUCACAGGUCCAAGAUAUUUUGUCCUACUUAAUUACCAAAAGUGCUUACCUUACACAUUGCUUAUUUCUUACGCUCAUUAGUUUCAGGCCAAGGAUUUACACACCGGAUUCUUUAUCAUUGUACACAAAAGACCCCCAAAAUGAUUAAAAGUCCUCGCUAACCAUAGCGACAAAAAUUGUUGUUUUAAUAAACAGCCACAAAAUAAUGUAACUGCAAAUUAAACGAAAAAAAAAUGUACGUCAAGUAAAAGGUUUUUCCGGAUAUGUUUAUCCCAUAAGGGAUAACUUAUAUUUCCCCCAUAAUUAUAUAACCCAUAUGUAUUCCCAUUUGGUAUCAAUCCUUUUGUUGCUCAGAUAUAUUUCACAAGGUUUAAGCCAGUAUUGGCCCAGUUAUAAUCCAGAUGGGUCCCACAUAUUUAUUUUUGCCCAUCUGCAUGAGUCCCAUUAGAAAUUGCCUGCAGCCCAGAUGAUAUUCAUCUGGUACAUCAUGUACAUAUAGGCCCAGCUGUAACCCAGAUGGUUCCCUUAUAUUAGCCGAUCUGGGUCCCACUUGGAAGUGCCCAUCUCCAGCCCAGAUGAUACACACCUGGUACAAUGGGCCCAGAUAUACACGAGAUGGGGCACAUGUGACCCAAUUCUUUCCAUAUGAACAAUGGGUCCCGCAUAACAGAUAAUGAAUUAUUUUUCUGUUUGCCGUAAAAAAAUCCCGAAUUG